AUGGGUAUUUACAUGGGGUUUCUACCAACCCUCUUGGAGUGCAACCAGCUGAGCCGUCAAGGUGAACCGAUUACAGUACGGCAACUUCGCCGGCUGGGCACAAACAAGUCGGCCAUUUGGGUGUUGACAGGUCUCGUAGCUGUUGUGGCUGUGUUCUUUAAUUCAUAUAUCCUCCGGAUGAGUCUGAGGAAUACGGGCAAAAAACCAGUGGACCCCAGCGAGACCGUCAUUACAGCGCUCUCUGUGGCUGGCGGCGUUCACCGGUUGCUUUACAUGUGGAUGACCAUGGAUGAGUCAGACAGACACUGCCACACUGACCAGACGUCUUACGCAAUCCUGCUACUGUUGCUUUUCAGUCAGAUGUUCACAAUUAUGUGGCCCACUUCCAUUCUGACCUUCUACUACAGGGCCAAGCUUGUGACGACACCCAAUCGGUGCUACACAAAGAUACGAGCUGCCAUCCUCAAACACCUGACCGUAGUGGUGUUUCUCAUUCCUUUGUGCGGUCUGAGCACCUGCAUGCCAACGAUAGUGGUCCUCCACCCUGACAGUAACACCAUGAAUAACAAAGACUGUGGGGUCUUGGUGCCCAACACCACCCCUGGGCAGAUGUAUGAGGCCAUGUACCUGAUCGCAGCUGAUGUACUGCGAUCAGUUUGGACAAUGGAUGGAUGGCUCUCCAUAUCUGCUCACCCGGCUAUCCAUCUCCACAACGUGAAGGCCAGCACCAACGGGGUCAAAUUUGGUACUCAAAUGAGGGUGAUCCAGAUGACUUUGAGCCUGGUGCUUGUGUUCCUCUGCUUCCUAGUGGUCGACCUUUAUGUACACGAUCAGAUCGCGGUUAACCACGAGGAUGCUGUCGUGCUUACCUUCUUCGUCACGUCCAUCUAUACUGCCGUCAGUGCCUUGGUGCUGGUCUAUGGGAAAAAGAGCUUCUGGAAAACUCUUGUUCGUGCUUUUAAGGUCUGCCUGGAGGAGUAUCCAUGUCUGUCAUGUCUAAAAGCUGCGGCGUUGCUGGGGAAAAAAAGUGCACAGAGUCUCAGCGAACAUACCCCAAGUAAAUAA